GUUGGUCUUAUAAUGUCCAUAUUUCAUUCUCCUCUUCUAUUGGUUCAUGUGAUCUUCUUUUUCUGAUUCCCACAUGACUGUCAACCUAUCCUUGUUCAAUCUUCUUCACUGCACUACAUAAUAAAAGACUCACCUUUUCUGUGAUAGUAUUUCUUGUUUCUUCAUUAUUUGGCCUUUUCAAUAUUGUAAACAGAAAACCGUUUUCACUUCUGUGGGGUAGGCUCAUUGUGUGCAUCUUUAGAAGUGUACUACUAAUCUGCUAAACAGUUUCAAAUCUUCUUGUAUGUUUCCGAGGCUACAUAUCAAUGAUACCGAUAAAGGAGGGAACAAAAUGGCUCUUUGUGAACAGUCCGCCGCCAUUACCAAAAUAGCUCUUAAUGUCUUCGUCGGUCAUAGGUUGAUAGCAAUUACAGAACUCCGUUUUCUCCGUUCUGCAAUUCAUCCCAGUCUACUCAUUUUGUUGAGAUGAUUCUUCCAUAUUCUUCUAGUGGAACGAAUUGUAUGGCGAGACAUCCUGAUGUACAACAACUGAAGCCUCUAAAUCAUAAGGCUUUAUGUCCUAAUCCUUCUCAGCCACAGAGUUUAUCAUGCUCUAAUAGUAAUUCUCCUACCAAUGCUUUUGAAAGGAGCAAUGAUCUUUGUAUUCUGGAUGUAAGCCAGGCCAAUUCAGAUGUUUCAUCAGCAAAGAGACGUGCUUACAUGAAGGAGGAUCGACUAUGUCCCUAUCUACCCCUUGAGGAUGACCAUCGAUCUCUAAAGAGGGCUAAGUUAGGAGAUGCUGGCAGACGUGAGGGAAUUUCAGGCACUUCAAAUUCUCUGUCAUUCGUUGAAGUAUCUCCAGAUAAUGUCAUGGAAUUGAUUGGUCCGAAACUAUUCUGCAUAGCAAGAAGAACCAUAGUACACCAACAACGGAUCUUGGCGAUACAAGUGUUUGAGCUACACAGGCUCAUAAAGGUGCAGAAGUUGAUUGCCGCAUCACCAGAUAUAUUAUUUGAAAACAACUUCUAUCUCACCCAACCUUCUAUCAGAUCUUCAGUGAAAAAGUUGCUAUCCAAUAAUGUUCGCGAAUCUUCUGCGGUGCCUGUUAAAGCAAAGGUUGAUCCUACGAAACCUAUAACUUUUGAGCAUUCAGCGGAUAAUAAUGCUCCCGAAAAGCUGCUUACUCUCGAUAAUGAAAAUGAUAGAAGACACAUACCACAGCAGCCAACUCAAAAUUCAUACGUAGGGACACCGAUAUCAAGAUCUGUUACUUCUGAUCCCAAAUUACCACUUCCUGGAAAUCAGUGCUUAGUUCCAAUAAGGUCACCUUCUGAAGGACUUGUUUACAAAAACUAUACCGGACCUUGUCCUCCUCCUCCCGGUUUCGUGGCAUCAACUUAUGGUAAUUUUACGCCUGUGAACUUGUCUGCUGUUCGAGGAGACUUUUCGAAGUUUCAAAGUCAAACAGUUGAGGAUCACAAUACGGAGCAGCGAAUUCAAGUGAUUAAGGUUGUGCCUCACAACCCUAAGACAGCACCUGAAUCAGCAGCUCGGAUAUUUAGGUCCAUACAGGAAGAAAGGAAACUACAUUUCAGUCUUACCUUGUAAGGAGUAGGCCCUUUCAACUAUUACUAUAUGUUUUCCUUUUGUAUGUCCUUCAUCAUUUCUUUUAAUCAAAAGACUCUUUACUGUAAAUGCAUUCAAUUGAAAGCAACAGAAACUAACUUCAUUCUUUUGUAUCAUUGACUGAAACUUGCGCACGGAUGUAAAAGAUGGAUUGAAGAUAUAGUACAAAUGUCAAUAAUCUUAAACUA